UUACAGAUCUUGCUUUAUUUGAAUGUUGCUUUGAUUUAGCAACGACCGAGUGACAAUGUCGUCGCUAAGUAGAGAGCUAGUGUUCUUGAUCCUGCAGUUUCUUGAUGAAGAAAAGUUUAAAGAUAGUGUACAUAAGCUUGAACAAGAAUCAGGGUUUUUCUUUAACAUGAAGUAUUUUGAAGAUGAAGUUCAUAAUGGGAAUUGGGAUGAGGUUGAGAAGUAUCUUUCUGGAUUUACUAAGGUGGACGAUAAUCGAUAUUCAAUGAAGAUCUUUUUCGAAAUUAGGAAACAAAAGUAUCUUGAAGCAUUGGAUAAGCAUGAUCGGUCAAAGGCGGUGGAAAUCCUUGUGAAGGAUCUUAAAGUGUUUUCAUCAUUUAAUGAAGAGCUUUUCAAGGAAAUUACUCAGCUAUUGACAUUAGAGAAUUUUAGAGAGAACGAACAACUUUCAAAGUAUGGAGAUACGAAAUCAGCCAGGGGUAUAAUGCUGGUUGAGCUCAAGAAGCUUAUUGAAGCAAAUCCGUUGUUUCGGGACAAGUUGCAGUUUCCCAACCUUAAGAAUUCAAGGCUACGGACUCUCAUAAAUCAAAGCUUAAAUUGGCAGCACCAGCUUUGUAAAUCCCCCAGACCGAAUCCAGAUAUUAAAACUUUGUUUUUAGAUCACUCAUGUGGACAACCAAAUGGUGCACGUGCUCCAUCUCCUGCAAACAAUUCACUUCUUGGGUUACCAAAAGCAGGAGGCUUUCCUCCUUUAGGAGGACACGGGCCCUUUCAACCUACACAAGCUCCUGUUCCAACUCCACUUGCUGGUUGGAUGUCUAAUCCACCCACAAUAUCUCAUCCAGCGAUUUCUGGUAGCGCAAUUGGUCUUGGUGGUCCAUCUAUUCCAGCUGGAUUAAAGCAUCCAAGGACCCCACCAACUAACCCGUCUUUAGAGUUCCCAUCUGCGGAUUCUGAACAUGUGAGCAAACGACCAAGGCCCAUGGGCAUAACCGAUGAGGUCAACCAUCCUGUCAACAUGUUGCCGUUGGCAUUCCAGGGACUUGCCAGUCAUAGUCAAGCUUUUGACCCAUCCGACGACUUGCCAAAGACCGUUGCGCGAACUUUAAAUCAGGGUUCAUCUCCGAUGAGCAUGGAUUUUCAUCCUAUACAACAAACUCUACUCCUAGUUGGAACAAACGUGGGGGACAUAGGAUUGUGGGAAGUUGGCUCAAGAGAAAAAUUGGUUCUUAAAAAUUUCAAAGUUUGGGAUCUUAGUGCAUGUUCAAUGCCAUUGCAGGCUGCUCUUGUAAAAGAUCCUGGUGUAUCUGUAAAUCGUGUAAUCUGGAGUCCAGAUGGUUCGUUGUUUGGAGUUGCAUAUUCAAGGCACAUUGUUCAAAUAUAUUCGUAUCACGGUAGGGAUGACGUGAGGCAACAUUUUGAGAUCGAAGCUCAUGUUGGUGGAGUAAAUGAUCUUGCAUUUUCCAAUCCUAAUAAGCAGCUCUGUGUCAUAACUUGUGGGGAUGAUAAGACCAUCAAGGUAUGGGAUGCAGCAACGGGUGCGAAACAGUACACUUUCGAAGGUCAUGAUGCUCCAGUGUAUUCCGUAUGUCCUCACUACAAAGAAAACAUUCAGUUUAUAUUUUCAACGGCUCUUGAUGGCAAGAUAAAAGCAUGGCUAUACGAUAAUAUGGGAUCUCGGGUUGAUUACGAGGCCCCUGGUCGUUGGUGCACAACAAUGGCAUAUAGCGCCGACGGAACAAGACUAUUUUCGUGUGGGACCAGCAAAGAAGGGGAAUCCCACAUUGUAGAAUGGAAUGAAAGUGAAGGAGCAGUGAAAAGAACCUACGUUGGAUUCCGUAAACGAUCAUUAGGCGUUGUACAGUUUGAUACAACUAAAAACCGCUUUUUGGCAGCUGGUGAUGAUUUCUCUAUCAAAUAUUGGGAUAUGGAUAAUAUUCAACUUUUAACGAGUGUGGACGCUGGCGGGGGUCUUCCGGCGAGCCCACGGAUCAGGUUUAACAAAGAUGGUACUCUCUUGGCUGUUUCCGCCAAAGAAAAUGGAAUCAAAAUUCUAUCAAAUUCCGAUGGUCUCCGACUGCUUAGAACUUUUGAAAACCUUUCCUAUGAUGCUUCUUCAAGAGCUCCUGAACCUUCAAAGCCUACCAUAAACACAGUAUCAGCGGCUGCCGCUGCUAGCAGUUCUGGACUAGCAGAAAGGGUUGGCUCUGUUGGUUCUAUCUCGGGAUUGAAUGGAGAUAGUAGAAGUAUGGCAGAUGUGAAACCAAAAAUCACUGAAGAACCAAAUGACAAGUCAAAGAUUUGGAAACUCACUGAAAUAAAUGAAUCUUCUCAGUGUCGGUCGCUGAAACUCCCAGAAAACAUGAGAGUAACAAAGAUAUCAAGAUUGAUCUAUACUAAUUCAGGAAGUGCUAUUUUGGCAUUAGCAUCGAAUGCUAUUCAUUUGCUAUGGAAAUGGCAGCGCAGCGAGCGCAAUUCAAAUGGCAAGGCAACGGCCAGUGUUUCGCCUCAAUUAUGGCAACCUUCAACCGGGAUUUUGAUGACAAAUGACGUUGCUGAGACCAACCCUGAAGAAUCUGUUUCCUGCUUUGCGCUGUCCAAAAAUGAUUCUUAUGUAAUGUCAGCAUCAGGAGGAAAGAUUUCUUUAUUCAACAUGAUGACGUUCAAGACAAUGACAACUUUCAUGCCUCCACCACCAGCAGCUACUUUUCUUGCUUUUCAUCCUCAAGACAACAAUAUAAUAGCUAUUGGCAUGGAUGAUUCGACCAUCCAGAUAUACAAUGUUCGUGUAGAUGAGGUCAAAAGUAAACUUAAAGGGCACUCCAAAAGAAUCACUGGUCUUGCCUUCUCUCAUGCACUCAACGUUUUAGUCUCAUCCGGGGCAGAUUCUCAGCUAUGUGUAUGGAGUUCUGAUGGAUGGGAGAAGCAGAAAGCAAGAUACUUGCAACUUCCACCAGGAAGAACACCAACAGCGCUGUCUGACACCCGGGUGCAGUUUCAUAAUGAUCAAACCCAUUUUCUUGUUGUACAUGAGACCCAACUUGCUGUUUAUGAAACAACAAAGCUUGAAUGUGUAAAGCAGUGGCUUGCACGCGAAUCUUCUGCUCCCAUAUCACAUGCAAUGUUUUCAUGUGAUAGUCAGCUGGUAUAUGCAAGUUUCUUGGAUGCAACCGUGUGUGUGUUUACUGCUUCUAACCUUCGUCUGCGGUGUCGUAUAAAUCCUUCUGCAUAUCUUCCUUCCAACACCCCAAGCAAUGCAAAUGUGCAUGCAUUGGUAAUUGCUGCACAUCCACAUGAACCAAAUCAAUUUGCAUUAGGGCUUUCAGAUGGUGCUGUCCAUGUUUUCGAGCCUACGGAAUCUGAAGGCAAAUGGGGGGUCCCACCACCGGCUGAUAACGGUUCACCAGGUAAUGUAGCAGCUAGUUCAGUAGGAGGCCUGGGUGCAGAACAAACUCAAAGAUAACAGCAUUGUUUUAUCGCAGCAGUUUUGGCGUCUCAAGGAAAAUGUAGUCUAGUUGGCGAUGUGUAGAUCUAACUUGUUCCGUAUGUGUAAAGCACUAGUUUCAGAUAUUUGGAUUCUAAUGUUGCAUGGUUCAGAUAUUCAGUUUUUUGUUCUGUUGUUUAAUCACCGUAUAGGGAUGUUUCAAAACAUGUUUGACCUUUCAGCCUCUGAAAUACAUAAUGUUUUACCACA